AAUGGGCGCAGAGGGAUCUGGAUCGCAGUGAGCAGGUGAAGUUUUGCCGCCAGUAUAUCAUCUUCCAUGAUAACAAUGCGGUGGUGUACGCCGGGGCGUGCGGCAAUGGCAGUGAGAUUAAAGGAGAACUGCUCAGCAGCGAGUCCCCAUCCGGAGCCUUGAAAGCCGUUCUACGAGAGACGAAGAAUAAGAAAGGGGAGGACACCCAGUUCCUGGAGGUCUGGGACAAGAACCGCAAGGGGAAGAGCAUCAACCUGACAGCACUGGACAAACACGGGAAGGUGUACGAAGAUGAGCAGUUCGGCUGUCUGUCCUGGUCGCACUCCGAGUCUCAUUUGCUGUACAUCGCUGAGAAGAAGAGACCCAAGACCAAGUCGUUCUUCGAAGCCUCAGCCGGGGACCUUCCCGCCUCUACAGAUGAAGAUGAUGAUGGCGCUGGUAAAGUGGUCAAGGGUGAUCAGUUUGUGCUGCAUGAAGAUUGGGGCGAGGGCCUAGUGAAUAAGAGCACCCCAGUGCUGUGUGUGCUGGACAUCGAGAGCUGUAAUAUCUCUGUCUUGGAGGGGAUCCCAGAGCAUGUGUCACCCGGACAGGCCUUCUGGUCCCCGGAUGACACCGGUGUUGUGUUUGUUGGGUGGUGGCACAGUCCCUUCAGAGUGGGUCUAAAAUACUGUGCCAACCGGAGAUCAGCUCUGUUCUUCGUGGACCUGACCGGAGGAAAAUGUGAGACUCUCUCUGUGGAUGACUCGGCUGUCUUCUCUCCGCGGCUCAGCCCAGACAAGUGUCGUAUUGUGUAUCUGAAGUGUGACGUGUUCGGCCCUCAUCUCCAGUGCUGCCAGCUGCUCAUGUAUGAUUGGUACACGAAGGUGACGUCUGUGGUGGUGGACGUUGUGCCCAGAUCCAGUGAUGGAAAGUUUGAGGGACUUUACACCUGGCUGCUGGCUCCGUUCUGCUGGUCAGCGGACAGUCGGAGGGUCAUUGUGGAUACAAUGCUGCGCAGUCAGCAGAAUCUGUAUGUCGUGGAUACGAUGGCCAAAAGCGUGACUCUCCUCCAGUCUAAAGACUCCUCGCCCGGAAGCUGGAAGCUGAUGGCGAUUGAUCGCGAUCUGUUGGUUGUCAGGUUUUCCUCUCCAAGCUGUCCUCCAACUGUGAAAGUGGGAUUUCUUCCGGCGGCCGGAAGGGAGGAGGAGAUUAGCUGGGUGUCCUUGGAGGAGGAGAAGCCUUUAGCGGAUAUAAACUGGAGCUACAAGAGCCACAAACCACCUCCGGAGCAGGAGAACUCGCAAUACCCCGGUCUUGAAUACGAGUCGAUCUUCAUGAGACCUCAGAACGUUCCUGCGGAGAGUCGGAUCCCCCUAGUGGUUUUUCCUCACGGCGGGCCGCACUCUGUGUUUGUCAGCGAGUGGAUGCUGUUCCCGGUUGUGCUGUGUAAGAUGGGCUUCGCUGUUCAGUUAGUGAAUUAUCGGGGAUCGCUGGGCUUCGGGCAGGACAAUUUGAUGUCUCUGCCAGGGAAAGUCGGUGAUCAGGAUGUGAAGGAUGUUCAGACUGCGGUGCUGCAGGUUCUGCAAGAGGAGCCAAUAGAUCCACAGAAAGUUUCAUUAUGUGGCGGAUCACAUGGAGGAUUCCUCUCCUGUCACCUGAUUGGUCAGUACCCCGAUUUCUACAAAGCAUGUAUCGUCCGCAAUCCUGUGACCAACAUCCCAACAAUGACUGGAUCAACAGACAUCCCGGACUGGUGUCAUGUGGAAUCCGGCUUCACGUACUCCUACCAGACCCUUCCCACGGGGGCCCAUCUGGAGGAAAUGUUAAAGAAAUCCCCCAUCAUAUACAUUUCUAAGGUGAAGACUCCGGUGCUUCUGAUGCUGGGAGAGGAUGACCGGCGGGUCCCAAACACUCAGGGUCUGGAGUAUUACAAAGCACUGAGGGCUCACGGUGUCACCGCACGGUUACUCUGGUAUCCUGGCAACAACCACGCCUUGGCCAAAGUGGACGCCGAAUCUGACAGUUUUAUGAACAUCGCACUAUGGAUCCUCAAACACCUGGACCAAUAAUACCGCGGCUUUAAAGGACGGCUCCACAUAAAACUGAUAUUUCACUCCCCCAUUUAUUGAUUCUCCUCCCCAUGGC